AUGGCAACAUAUACCAGUAGAGGUAUUGAUGGCCACCAGGGCUUUACCACCCAGCAUCAAUAUCCACGUCUUGAACGUGAAGCGGAACGACUGCUUACUAAUUUUCCAGAAAUGCUGUUCGGCCGACUCUUGUGCUGGAUGAACGAAGAUUUUUACGUGGCCAAGAAUCUGCUAAACGUCACAGCAAUUUCGUGCUCCAUGCGGAUAUAUGCUUUGCUUGAGAUAGUGAGGGAAAAGGCCCCUAGUAAACAGGAGCUGGCAGUGUUCACGUCGCUGUCGGAAGCGAAACGUGGUCCUGAGGAUCUUGUGCGCUGCUUUGCCUACAUGCUGCCUACACUGCGAGCGUGCGGACAUGAUGCUGAAUACCGAGCUAUCGAAAAGGACUUUGGCUUGCGACAAUGCAACAAGCGUCGGGACACAUUUCUCGCCACGGCGGUUGUUUGUGACGCAUCCUGUCCGGAGCGAGACCAGCGAAACGCUCGCGUCGUUGUCGAACAUCCAUGGCUCACUCGCAACGUCUUACUUGCUACCUGUCGUGAGCUUUGCGAGAUGCAAUCUCACUGA